AUGCCUGAAGUGGUGUUUUACAAUAACGCCUGCAGGUUGACCGAACAUAUUUACACCGGGCAGUCCGACCCCUCCAACUUCAAGGGGACUGUAAUUCCGGUCGAUCCGUUCCACCACCGCUCUCACGCAGAAAGCGAUCAAUUCUGCAAGAUGUUCACUGACCCCAAACUUUUUCCCGACAUUCAAGAGGACGGUCGAUGGAUCUUCAACGCAUCCGCCGCUGAACUGACCAACAUUUGGUAUGGUGGUUUUGCUUCGAUGUGCCGAAACAUGUUGUCGCUCAUCUACAAUUUUUUCUUGGAAGAGAUGGUCUAUUUGAGAAAUAAAUGGCUCACAAACAAACUGAACAAGAGAGCUGGUGUAGCUUACAUUGGGGAGGGUGCCAUUUAA